GCUACUAAAAACAAACUUCCAUGACGGAGGUAAUAACCAUGUGCCUGACUCUCCAAUUUCUGAACACUGUAGAGCCCACGUUUGACGCCUUCGUGUCGGCCAACCAGCGUGACUUCUCCUGGGUUCGACAGUGGGUUCAACAGUUGGAGUCUCCACCACACAACCUGAAGAUCUGUGUUCACCACAGGGACUUCAAGAUCGGCGUGCCGAUCUCACACAACAUCAACUGGGCCGUAGAGAACAGUAGCAAGAUUCUCAUAGUUCUCUCCCAGAACUUUUUGUCCAGUAACUGGUGUAAGGUUGAGCUCAGGGCAGCAAUAGAGAAGGCUCUGAGUAAUGACAAGUACUGUGUACUACCCAUUUUGAAGUCUGAGUGUGAGAUUCCUACUGAGUUAGCUCAUCUGACAUACCUGGACUGUACAGACGGUACUGUUGAUGUAGACAGGUUGGCAAGUGGCAUCAAAUCUUAAGGAAGAAGAGGACAAACUUAACCAGUUCACCCAAGGAGAAACAAUAUAAAGGUAGUUGCAGUCCUAGUCCAUUAUUAGCCAUAGUGUCACAAAUGGACGAAGACAAGCUUAUCAUGUACUUACAGACUGAUAAAUGUCACCCUGUUGAACAACCUUUCCAGCGUCAAAAAGUAAUCAAUGUGUCAGGAAUUGUUGACAACAAAAAUGCCAAUACAUGUUAGAACUCAGUUGGGGUAGCAAAUGUGAUGCCUGGGAUCAUGAACGAUUCAUUCAACCAAGU